AUGACCACCAGUCAGGCUACUUCUGACCUGAAGAGCUUCUCGGGCCUUGUAUCCUUCGGUCAUCCUCCAGUCAAUCUUUGCUCUCAGACGGCAGCAAACAAGACGGUAGUGUCAAGAACCAGUCUCCGCCAUGAGAACAGAGAACGUGGCAACAGAGGCAUGUUCCGCCGAAUGCAACACAACCGCUACCAGCCCCCGUUCAUAUNNGGGAGCCGAAUCAAGGAACAGGAACCUGCACGUCAACCUCCAGCCCAGAAGACAACCUUUCUCGAACUACUGCGGACCUACCGGGAUCCUCCUCAUAGCUGGGGCCUACCUGCUACCAAACCCCUGGAUUGCAUUCUUGGCCUCGGCGAAAUCAGCAACGCUAUUCUGAGUAACCUCAAUCGAAGGGAUCUUAUGAGCUGCUUGGAAACUUCACGCAUGCUCCGCCGCGCAGUGCAGCUCUCUCCGGCUGCUCAAGCACGUCUCGCCAUACUACCUUUUGAGCCAGCAGGCGAGCUCAACGACUGUGACACUUGCCAGAUUCCGUUCCCACGAAACUCGAGCCCUAUGCUGAUCACCAAAGGAGUUGUGUUGCCAUCACCAAAACAGAAGAAGGGGAAGGACGUGAAGGAACCGGAACACUUCAUCUUUGUCGACGUGCGGUUUUGGUCCGCGCUAGAAGGCCGCAGCCUUCACGACUUCGACAUUGUGGGCAGCUGGGCAGAUAUGAAGCUUCCGGAUAUGCCAUCGCCUCUGACUUGGGAGGUCUGGGUUGACUGCGAGUGUCGUUACAUUGAAGAAGACUUUCACGGCGAUCGUGGUCCUCGUACUCCAGAUGCCGCCACGCUUUGGAACCACAGGCUGAUUACUCACGACAAGCCGCUGAGAGAGAUCGCAGAGUGCGCAAGGGAGGUGUACAAGGCCCACGGACAAUGUGUUCCCCGUCACUUUACACAUAUGUCUCUCAGAUGCUCUGCGGAGACGAAGGUAGACAAGGAGGGGUUCGUUGUGUGCAGCGGAAAGGAGGAACCAGACACAAUCCUCUCGGCAGGCAUUUUCGGAAAAGUGCUCAGAGCUUACAUGAAGUAG